AUGACCCUCGUCACAGAACCAAAGGCAACCUCCCAGGCUCCGGCCCAGGCUCCGGCCCAGGCUCAGGAACAUGCCCAAGAAGCAGACACCCACUCCCUCCACUCCCACCCCUCCUCCUCCUCCUCCUCCUCCUCCUCCUCAGCCCGCUCAACCCUCACCCGCCGCUUCUCACUCACCCGCACCCUCUCCUCCCUCCACCGGACUCGCUCCAACGCCACAGACCGGGCCCCUCCGGCCGUGAAGCCCCCCGGAAAGGGCUUCGGCGCAAACCUCCACAAAAUCACCACAACGGCCGGCAUCCCCCUCAACAAGGCCGCUCACCUCGUCGGCGCCGAGGGCUGGUUCCCGCAAACCAUGCCCCGCGAGUGCGCCAAAGCAGCCCGCAUCCUCCACGCCUUCACCGACCUCGGCCCCGAACCGCCAACGGCCCAGGGACCCCUCCACCCCCUCGGCAUCACCCGCCGCGCCAUGGUCACGAUCCCCCACCAGGUCCUCGCCCACUGCGCCGGCCUCGCCAUCUUCAACACCCUCCGCGCCGGCGCCUACAUGGGCUCCCUCGCCGCCGGCUCCGGCCUCGUCGUCGCCCGCCGCCCAGACGGCACCUGGUCCCCGCCCUCCUCCUUCGUCGUCUCCACCCUCGGCGCGGGCUUCAUGAUCGGCCUCGACAUUUACGACUGCGUCCUCGUCCUCAACACCGCCGCCCAGGUCGCCGCCUUUACUCACCCGCGCGUCUCCCUCGGCACCGAAGCCUCCGUGGCCAUCGGGCCCGUCGGGACCGGCGGCGCCGUCGAGGCCGCCGUGUCCAAGACGGCGAGGCCAAUGUACAGCUACAUGAAGUCCCGCGGCCUCUGGGCCGGCGUGCAGAUUGACGGCACGAUUAUCCUCGCCCGGCAGGACUGCAAUAGCGUCGCGUACGCGGACCGCCGCAUCUCGGCAAAGAAGAUUUUGCAGACGCAGGCCGAGUGGCCCGAGGGAUCCAUGCCGCUGUGGCAGACGCUCAUGGCGCUCGAGGGGCGGUAUUCCGUGGACCCGGCCUUUGCUAGGGAGGUGGCGAUGAUGGGUUCGCCGGGCGAUGCGACGCCGCCGCCGCCGCCGAUGGAUGAUGAUGACGACGUGCCUGCGCCGGCGUACACGCCUUCUGUAGCUUCGCAGUUGAACUUGAAUACCUACAGCGGCGGCGAGGAGGGCGUCACGAACGCGCCCAAGGAUGCCGAGGAGGCGCCGAUUUUGGAUGAAAAGGAGAGGCUUAGGCGGGCGGGAUAUUAA